AUGGCUCGCCGCGGCCACGCCCUCUACGCCUACCGCCCCAGCAAAGCCGGCGCCAUAAUCUUCUGCCUCCUCUUCAUCGCCGCAACCGCAUUCCACCUCUGGCGCAUGAUCCGCUGCCGCAGCUGGUUCAUGACGGCCUUUGUCAUCGGCGGCAUGCUCGAGUUCAUCGGCUACGCCUGCCGCACCGCCUCCGCCUCGCAGCCCUUCAACAACUACACCCUCUACCCCUUCGCGAUCCAAAACUCGUACAUCCUCCUCGCGCCCACCCUCUUCGCCGCCAGCAUCUACAUGACGCUCGGCCGCGUCAUCCUCCUGACGGGCGGCGAAGCGCGGUCGCCCGUGCCGCGGCGCUGGCUGACGAAGGCGUUUGUCGCCGGCGAUAUACUGUGCCUGGUCGUGCAGGGCGGCGGCGGGGGCAUGAGCACGGCGGCGGCGUUGAGUAGUAGUGGUGGUAGCGCGCUCCUGGCGAAUGCCGGGAAGGGGUUGACGAUAUUCGGGCUUGUGGCGCAGCUGGGGAUCUUCGCGGGGUUUGUGGGGGUUGCGGGGACGUUUCACAAGAGGUUGAAUAAGUGGCCGACGGCGGGGGCUAUUGCGCCGGAGGAGGUGGCGAGGGGUUGGAAGAGGGUGAUGGGGGCGUUGUAUGUGGUGAGUGGGUUGAUUGUGGUGAGGAAUGCGGUGAGGGUGAUGGAGUAUUGUGAGGGGAUGAAGGGGUAUAUCAUCACGCAUGAGGCGUUCUUGUACGUGUUUGAUGCGUUGUUGAUGUUUGCAGCGAUGGUGGUGUUGGGGUGGAUUUAUCCGGGGGAGCUGAGUGUUCUGCUUAAGGCGGGAAAUGUGGGCGGGAGUGCAGCCGGUCGCUUGUCUGGGGUUAACGAGCGGUUCUCCGGAGAGAGUGAGCAGGAUGAAGAGGUGGCCAGCUCGCGGCUCGGGGCUCUGAAAGGUAAUGUCCAUCUGGUCCAGAGAGGGUAG